AUGCCAUCUUCAAAGGACCGAGGAACUCAGUCUUCGGGAGACUCCAGCAAUAAACAAGACCUCCAGCAGCACUCUAUGCUGCAAGAAUUCCUUCGUGCCGAGCCGACUGUGUCCGAACGACUCUCUGGGGUAGUCCUGUCCAAGAGAGAGGGAGAGAGCGAAAAAGGACAGGAUAAUAAGGCCAAUGAAGCGAUUAGGAACUUCGAGGACGCCUGGCGCAACGCGAGCCAGUGA